UUUGUAACUCUAAUGGAAAAAUUUAACGAUUAUUGUUAAUAGAAAAGUGUUAAUGUUGAUGAAGAAAAAACAAUUUCUCAUCUAAUUUAUUUGUGUUUCUAUUAAUUCAUGUGAAAUUUGGAAAUCAAGUGAAUCAAUUAAUUUCUGUAAAUGGAUUUCAGAGUAACCGCUGUUUCUAUUGGAAACUACUUGUUGUUCACCUGAUUGGUUGAAGGGGAAGAAGAAGCGAAAAUGUUCAAGUCAUUUUAUGUUGUUUUCCUUUGUGACAAUGUCAAGUAAAAAAUCACUUAGCAAUUAGUAAUUAGUAAUUAAUGGUUACUAGUAACUAGUUUUUCCAAUUAGUUUGCUAAACGUUUAGAUUGAUGAACUAGUAUUGCAGUUUAAUUGGUGUGUUCUGGAUCAUUCUGGUUAAAGUGAUACAAUUGCCACCAUGUUACGUGCAACCAGUCGUAAAGCUUUUGGAUCAAUUGUAUCUAGAAAGUUCACCUUGAAUGGAAACGAAAAAAGUGACAGUUCAAAUUGUAGCAAUUCAAAUAAUUCAUCUUCUUCAUCAUCUACUGGACAGGAUAAUCAAAAUGGAUCACAGAGAAAUGCAUCUGGAAAAAAAUCUUAUCAAUGUCGUUUAGAGGGUUUUGUUGAUCUUCAGCGAAUGUUUUUCCAUUCAAUUGGAAUAUUUGGAAGUCUAAUUAUAAUUGGCCAUAAAUUUCAUACUGAUUGUAUUCGAUUUAAAUCAUCUUCUCCUUCCUUUGGAACUGAUUAUUUAUCUUCUCCAUCUUUGGCUACUUCUGAAGAUCAUCAUGGUUGCUCUUUUCUCUAUUCAUUGAACAAGAAUUUACCUCAUCUUGUAUCCAAUUUGAAUCCAUCUUCAUAUCAACAGAAUUUCAAUGUUCUACCUUUUCACGUUCUUCCUGUUUCAUCGGCAUCAUCGUCAUCUUCUAGCUCAUUAUCAUCGUUUGAGAGUGAUAAAGAGAUUCAACAUGAAGAAUCUUCAAUCAAAGAUACUAAUGUGAUUGACAGAAUUGUUGAAAAUAUGAGAUCUGAGUUGGAUCUUUUUACUGAUGAGCUAAAGAAUCUGCAAGCCUCAGUACUUUUACAAAGAAAUCAGAUUGAUAAAGCAAUUAGUUUACUCAAAUCUUGUCCCAAAAGUGCCAAAGCCAUGUUCAACUUGGGAAUCGUGUACGAAUCUGGUCAACAUGAUCCAAUCAAUGGUCAACCAAAUUAUAGCAUCGCUUCAAAAUAUUACACCAAUGCUGCUUCAUUAGGUCAUCGAAUGGCUCAUUACAAUUUAGCUUUGAUUUACCUUUACGGUAAACAACCUAUUGAAAUGGACAAAGCCAAAGGAAUGAGUUUAUUACACCGAGCAGCUGAAUUGGGUGUCCAAGAAGCUCAACAAUUUGUAAAUCGAGAGCGACUUUUAUACUCACAACUUCGUGACAUCAGAAUACGACAUUCAGAGGAAUUGUUGGAUAAAUUAAACGCGAAAAAAACCGACAUCACCUCGAAAAACAAUCCAACAACCGAUAAGAAUAACAAUUUCCAUACUUCUCUAUCCUCACCUAAUUUCUUAACCUCAAUCAUGAGUUUCCUGGAACCUUCAGUGAAAGAUGAGUCCACAAUUAAACCGACAAAAAUAAAUGAUUCUGUUGCAAGUGAAUUGUUUUCAUUCAAAGAAGAUGAAACAAUUUAUGACUCUGACGAUUCUCUAGAAGUUGUUUUCACCGAUUAAAUCAAUUAUUAUCCUAAUACAUUGAUUAAGACUACAACUAUAACGUUUAUUGAAUUAUCGUUAUAAACAGAAAGACAAUCUACUCCGCUAAUGUAAACAAUUUAUUGUAUAACAGCAAUAAUAAGUUAAUUAUUGUAAAUA